UGCAGUCUCCAUUUUCUCUAUUAAAGGUCAAUGCCUUAAUGAAUUUGGUCUGUUCCACUGCUAUAAUAAUCAAUCCAAAAAGUAACGUUUUUGCACAUCAAAGGCUUUGAUUCACCUUCCCACUUUCACUUAAAGUUUUCCUUUUCCUCUCAUUAUAUAACAAAAGAUUCAGCCUUUCUUGUUUUGUGUUCAUUCCAUGACAAAAUAGGCUAUUGGGUUUCAGGAGGAAUCCAAACCCCAAGUUUGAGAAAAGUUUGUGGAGAGUUUUAUUGAUCUUCUUAAAUAACCUCUUCACCACCUCUCUUUUUCCUUAUAUUUGAGUUUUUGAUCUGAUUUUGGAGCUCAAAAAAUGGCUAGUUUUGUGUUGUCACUUGCAUUUUGGUGUUCUUUUAUUUGUUGCCUUGUUUCUUCUCAAGGUAGAUGGCAUCAUCCCCCCAAGCAAAAGCACUCUCACCACCACAAACAUAGCUACAUUUCACAGCCACCAUCUCCUCCUCCUCCUCCUCCUCCUGAUUCACCGGACGAGGGAGAUUACGUUAGCGAGAUGGAUGUUUUCGACGUGAGAGCUUUCGGUGCUAUCGGUGACGGCACUGCAGAUGACACGGCUGCAUUUAAGAUGGCAUGGGACACGGCCUGCCAAAGCGACGACCCUGCAGUAAUUCUCGUUCCCUAUAGUUUCUCCUUUAUGAUUCAAUCAACGAUCUUCACAGGCCCUUGUCAGGGUCACCUUAUGUUACGAGUCGAUGGCACAUUGAUGCCACCAGAUGGGCCCGAUGCCUGGCCAAAAAAUACGAGUCAUCGACAAUGGUUGGUAUUUUAUAGAAUUGAUGGAAUGUCCCUUGAAGGAGGAGGUGUGAUUGAUGGGAGAGGUCAAAAGUGGUGGGAUCUUCCUUGCAAGCCACACAAGGGAAUAAAUGGAACUACGCUACCAGGACCAUGUGAUAGCCCAAUUGCUAUAAGGUUCUUCAUGAGCUCCAAUUUGACUGUGCAAGGACUUAAAAUCACAAACAGCCCUCAGUUCCACUUCAGAUUCGACGGUUGCAAGAACGUUCAUAUCGACUCGAUUCACAUAAAAUCUCCCGGUCUUAGUCCGAAUACUGAUGGUAUCCACAUCGAGAACACAAAUGGCGUCGAGAUAUAUAAUUCAGUCAUUUACAAUGGGGAUGAUUGUGUAUCAAUUGGGUCAGGUUCAUAUGAUGUAGAUAUCAGAAACAUCACAUGUGGACCAAGUCAUGGAAUCAGCAUUGGAAGUCUUGGCGUUCGCAACUCGAGAGCCUGUGUUACGAACAUAACGGUUAGAGACUCCGUGAUCAAAGUAUCAGACAACGGAGUUCGGAUCAAGACAUGGCAAGGUGGCUAUGGGGCAGUAAGAGGAAUAACAUUUAGCAACGUUCACAUGGACAAUGUUAGGAACCCCAUCAUUAUAGACCAAUUUUAUUGUCUAUCAAAAGAUUGCACCAACCAAACCUCAGCUGUUUCAGUAUCAGACAUUCAGUACUCAAACAUCAAAGGAACAUACGACAUUCGAAGCCCGCCGAUGCACCUUGCCUGCAGCGACUCCGUCCCGUGUACCAAUCUAACGCUGUCGGAGAUCGAGUUGCUUCCUGCUCAGGGAGAUAUAGUGUUGGACCCUUAUUGUUGGAAUGCCUAUGGAGAUCUUCAGACGCUUACUAUUCCACCCAUCUCUUGCUUGCAAGAGGGGCUUCCUUCUUCUAUCAACUUAAACAAUGACAAUGAGUAUUGUUGAUCUUUUAUUUUACCUAUAUACACACUUAUAACAACAUAGGUGAUUAUCAUAUAUGUAUAUAAAAUAAUCAUGGAUAUGUACUUGAUAACGAUGCUUGAUCGUAUUAUUAUGUGAUGAAUGAUGACACAA